ACUCAGUCUCGAUCACGCACAACGUAUUCACUUGACUGCUAAAGGCAACAAAGAAGCGAUCGUGAACGUCUCUCACAAACAGUUAGUUUAUUUAAUAUCUAGGAAGAAAUAAAAAAUUAGGGCUUUGCUUCAAAAAAAAAAAUCAUUUUUUAGCUUUAAUGAAUAGUUAAAAAUAAGAGAGGAGGUAAAUUUAAAGGAGUGACUUUUCCUUAAUACGUUUCUGUUUAAUUUUGGUGCAUAUUGAAAUUCCAAAAUAAAAGAUGUUCGUGUCUGUCCAGAUUAAUAAUGGAAAAAGUGAAUCUAAUGGAUGAUCAAUACUUGUGCGCAUGCGUCGCAGUUGCAGCCUGAGGAGUGUUUUCUCCUCCAUUUUGCUCUUCCCACUCAAACAAUGUGGUUUCUCCUUGUCUUUAUCACAGCUCUUGAUAGAGCAUCAUCCAAAGCCUUAAACACAAAAUUCGUCGUUUAUCCAAAGUAUUCAAAGUGUUGCACAAAUUUAGACGGCUACUCUCCCACCUCUUCAUGUAGUCAAGAAAUCAACAGCACAAUAUUUAAAAAUGGAACAUUUACGAGUCCCAAUUAUCCCGAACCUUAUCCACCCAACAUAUACUGCGUCUAUAAAUUCAUCGGAAAAGCAAAAGAACGACUCCAGAUAAGUUUCACUGACUUCGAUCUCUACCUGCCCCCCAACCCUGACGAACCUCCAAAAGAUUGUGAGGCUGUGGAUGCGGUGAUGAUUUUCAUAACGAUCCGCGGUCGCCGAGAGAGGCUGAAUAACUUCUGCGGAAACAAGCUUCCGGCUCAGUUAAUGUCUAACGGACCCACAAUGGAACUAGAAUUUAGAUCCUAUCAUUUCACCUCUCAAGUAAAAGGUUUCAGAUCCAUCUACCGUUUUGUUACAGAUUUUGGGAUCUCAGGUACGAGGGCGGAGGGUUCAUCAGAAUGCCGUUUCAUAUUUCGCAGUGAAGACAGGGGUAAUGGAACUUUCAAUUCACCGAAUUAUCCCGGGUUCUACCCCAGAGACACGGAAUGCCACUACACAUUCAUUGGAAAAGACAAAGAGAGAGUCCACAUUACUUUCGCAUACUUUGAUGUAGAUGGUAUACCUCCGUGCCUGAGUGAGACAGCGAGUGACUAUGUAGAGUUCUCGAAUUACAAGACAGUUGACAGAAAGCUUGCAAGACACUGUGGAAUCCAGAAACCUAAACUGAUUGAAUCAGAUGCAGAUUUUUUCAGAGUCGUCUUCAGUUCGAACGACAAGUUCGAUGCGACGGGAUUCGAGGCAUUCUAUCAAUUCCGUAAACAAGUGGAAUAUCCUUUCACUGUGAAGAGAGUUUCAACUAUUCCAAAAGAUGGGAAAUCAGUUGCAGUUGUUGUAUAUUCCAAUAUGCUUUUACUCACUUUAUCGAUUUUGCUUGUGUCUUUCCAAAAAGGACAUUGAGUGAGAGAUGUUCUUUCUCAAGAGAUUGUUAUAUCAUAGAAAGUUGUCUUAAUAAAAUUUUUUAUAAAAGUUA